CGACGCUAUAAAACUAAACUCAAAAGCCGAACGCAAACUUCUUCUCUCUCGAAGGCUGGCAAGAGGUAUAUUUCUUUGAUUUUUCUUGGUAAUUGCAUCGUUUUUCUGCUGAAUUUCUAGAGGUUGUUGUCCUUCUUUGGAUCUUGACGGAGAUGGGGUAUUUGAACUCGGUGCUGUCGAGUUCCGGGCGGGUUCAGGCGGAGGAUGCGCCUGUCAGCGGCGGAGGUCUCAGUCAAAAUGGGAAAUUUAGCUAUGGAUACGCUAGCUCUCCUGGGAAGAGGUCUUCUAUGGAGGACUUUUAUGAGACUAGGAUUGAUGGUGUUGAUGGAGAGAUUGUUGGUUUGUUUGGAGUGUUUGAUGGUCAUGGUGGAGCUCGAGCAGCAGAAUAUGUAAAGCAAAACCUGUUCAGCAACUUAAUAAAACACCCGAAGUUUAUAACUGAUACGAAGACAGCUAUAGCUGAUGCUUAUAACCACACUGAUUCAGAGUUUCUGAAAUCUGAGAAUAAUCAGAAUAGAGAUGCUGGUUCCACUGCUUCGACUGCUAUUCUUGUUGGUGACCGCUUGCUUGUUGCGAAUGUUGGGGACUCCAGAGCUGUUAUCUGUAGAGGAGGAAAGGCUAUAGCUGUUUCAAGAGAUCACAAGCCUGACCAAACUGAUGAGCGACAGCGCAUUGAGGAAGCUGGAGGGUUUGUGAUGUGGGCAGGAACAUGGCGUGUGGGUGGUGUUCUUGCUGUUUCUCGUGCAUUUGGUGAUCGGCUCUUGAAGCAGUAUGUUGUUGCUGAUCCAGAAAUCCAGGAAGAGGUGAUUGACGGUUCACUAGAAUUUCUCAUUCUCGCAAGUGAUGGACUAUGGGAUGUCGUCUCAAAUGAGGAAGCUGUAGAAAUGAUCAAACCUAUUGAAGACCCUGAACAAGCAGCAAAGAGACUAAUGCAAGAAGCUUAUCAAAGGGGAAGUGCAGAUAACAUCACCUGCAUUGUAGUACGGUUCUUGACCGACCGGAGUACCGAUGCUUAAUAAGAACCCCAGUACUCAAGUCUCUCUUAUCCGUCUACAAAGAAUAUAUACCAUGUCGGAAUUCACUGUAAAUUUCCUCUUUUCUGCAUCUACAUAUAAGCUGUAUGUCAUUUAGCUCUAUCCAUCUUGCAGACCAGAAUUAGUCGUCACGCGUAAUUGUGAAAGAAAACAAAGUGUUGUGUGUCCUAUGUAGAGUAUUUUAGAGGUAGAAUAUCAACAAAGACUGCAUGCAGUCCUUAACCCUUAGCUUGUUGAGGGAUUGCUUUUAACUUUUGUUUUCGUUAAUCCUAUUUGCUUUAAUGUUUCUCUCUUGUUUUUCUCA